AGCCGAUCAGCGAGGCUGACAGGCUGCGAGGACACUCCAGCCUUGUAGCCUGUCACCUCUGGAGGAAUGAUGAGCGCCUGACAGACGUAGGCUGUGAUGGAUUUGGAGAAACCUGACUCCCCCUCAGGAAUCCGGAGCAGAGGGAGCCCUCGGAGAACAAGUGUGUGGCUAAAGUCCAGGAAGCCCCAAAGACGCUGCCAGGAUCUGCAGAAUGUUGCACUUACUGCACAGCUAAACCGAGCAACGCCACUGCCCAGAUGCCAAAUGACCCUCGGGACCAGACGGUCACAGACCUCCCUUACCCAUCUCUUGAAGAUGAGGCUUGUCCACGACUGAGGCCUAGCCCCUGACAACCAACUUCUACAGAUGAUAGCAGUUUCCAGAAGCCCACCACUGGAGGUAACUUUCAUCCAGACUCCAUUCGAUGCUGCAAUAUAAGAACCCAACUCACCUUGACCAGCAACAGGAACCCUGGAAUCGGCUCAACUCAAUUCCCACGAUCACCUCCAUUAGGCGGAAUUCUUAUUUUUUUCAAUCUGAGAUUCCAAAGGACAAUCUGGAUUUCCGCUUAGCUGUCUUGUACAACCACCACACGGGGUCGUUCAAGAACAAAAAUGAGGCCCUGAUCCACCAGGAGACCUCCAAGGACAGCCGUGGGAUCAUCAACAUCCAGGCCCCUAGAGAACAGUUACCCGCUGCCCCACCACUGCCCACCACCUCCCGAGCUAACAUCAGACAAUGGAUCAGCCCUAAGAGGGAGUCCAUCCACAGCAUCCAUGGGUCCAUAGUGUCCCCUCACACUGCAGCCACCAACAGAGGCUACUCCCGAAAGACGGACGGUGGCUUCUUCUCCACCUGAUGCUGACAGGCCCCUGGAUUGAUUAGUCGAUGGGACAGCCUGCUGCCCACCUUCAUUAAAAACAUUUGCACAUGGUGAAGCCUGAAGUGUCUGUUACCCAUAGAGUUGCCACUAGACUACUCUUAAAAGAUGGAAGUUUCCCAACUUCUAGAAACUAGUCUUGUUGAGAAUAUUUGCAAGGACUUAGAACAGCCCAGUUCGGGGCAGGAGGCGGGUAUUCCUUUCUUGUAAAUGAGUCAUUCCAACCAUACAGAUACACCAUUCAAUAUUUCUUGCAAACCUUUGUGUCAGAGCUGUGUUUGGGAAACAGGAAUGGAUAGAGCCCAUUGUCUUAAUGAGUUUACAACCAGUCAUCUUAGUAGCUCUAUGUAGCAUUCUUAUGCUGAUGUCACACUUAACAGAUUUCCGACCUCCUGCAUUUAGUCAUCUGCUGGGCUCUACUUUUCCAUGGAGGGCAGGGGAUCUCCAUCUCCCUGGUCCUGCCUCCUUGCCAUUUUCUCUAACUGCUGCCAUAAUCUUGCUGGGAAUCAGUUCCCUUGCCUUUGUAUGUUUGUGCUGAUAUCUGCCCCUAAUUCUAAUAAACAUGGCUCAAAAAUCUGGUGCUUGGGUUUGAAGCUACCUAAAAACGAUGCACUUACGUGGUCUCUAAAGUCACAAGUCACAGGAACCUGCUAUUAGAUUGGGCAAGAAAUGGCAGACCUAGCCUAUGGUACACAAGUUUGGCAUUGUUGAAUAACAGAUAGGAAAAGGCUGAUACUCAAGUGCCUGGUCCUUAAAAUACCACCAAUCACAGCCCCUCUU